AUGUAUGGCCGUGGCUAUACUGUUUCUGACAAGAGUUGCAACGAACUUCUCUGCUCUUUCUCAGGCCCGAGCAAGAAGGGAGAAUGCACUAACUCUAAUGGCGUCAUGUCUCUUGGGGAGAUUAAGAACCUCAUCAAAAACAAGGGCCUCAAACCCAACUACUUGAGAGAUUCUCUGAUGAAGGAGCUUACUUGGGACGAUCAGUGGAUUGGCUAUGAUAAUGAGGAGACAUUCAAAGAUAAGAAGGCCUGGGCGGAUGGGCAAUGUUUUGGAGGCACUAUGAUUUGGAGCAUUGACUUCCAAGGCUCAAGCACUUCGGCCGAGCCGGUUGAGCAAAAUUCACCUGGUGAAAUCCCCAAGUCGCUCCUCAACAAGAAGCUUCCAAACUGCAAGUCCGGCGAGUCUUAUGACGCUAUCAAGGAUAUGGGCACGUUUUGGUAUAAUUCUGGUGCUGAGCAGUGGGCAGACGAAUACAUCAACUCUCAGCCGGAUCAUUCCAAUUGGGCACAGAACCUGUACCGCGAGCUAUUCCCGAAGAAGGAUCACACCAAGUUCUCUUGUCAGGAGCCUGGUGCUCCUUGCGAUCAUGAUUUAACAUGCGACGACUUCAAUGCGAUCGACAAGGGUGGACUGUGGUAUCUUUUCCAGUCCAUGGCCGCAUUCCACAGCUUCAUGUCGCAGCUUUCUAUCGAGUUCGAUCAGUCUAUUGGUAUCACGUCCGACCAGAUUGGCACCAUGAGACAAUUGCUUGGCAUUAAGAGUGGCGCACCAAAGGCACCUCUCGACCUAGCCUCUAUUCUCGGUGCAGCUUUCAGUAUCGGAAGUGCCCUUGCCACACCAGCUGCAGCCGUUGGAGGUCCUUUAGCAGGCAUCAGUGGUGUCAUGUACAUGGUCUCGGCUACGGGAGAUUCCGGCGGUUCUGAUGAUGCAGUGGAAGCGACGGACACGAUCCGGGGACUACUUGCCAUUGUCGCUAAGCAGGGCUUCGCUAACAUCAAGGCAAUUGUGGCCUCAACUUUUGGCAAGCAAGGCCACAAGCAGACUGACAUCCCCGAACUUAUGCGCGUCGGGGGUGUCAAAAACCCGGCGGUGUCCGUCUUCGGUUGGGGAUCUUGGCUGAGGGACCAUCCCCUCAACAAUUUGGACGACGUGAUAAGCAAAAUGAAGACCAACUUGGACCAGGCGCUCAUCUGGCAGAUGGCCAGGCAAUUUCGAGGAGCCUAUGUCGUCGUCAGAGACGACCUUCCCGUCGACAAGUGCACGAACCCGAACAAUGCUUGGGAGGCAAACAAAAACCGCUGCCUCGACAUUCUUGCCUGGUACCCCAAGAAGGUCUCUCAAACCCUUGGCGGGAAUAAGGACAUGGAGGCUUUGUGGACCGACUGGAACAUGGACAAACUCGGAACCCUCCGCAACGCCGUCGAAUGCUGGGAGAAUAACAAUGGCCACAUCGGCAAGACGGGCAUCCGCGAGGGCAGCUGGGCAAGCGAAACGCCCCCACCCUGCUUCUUUGCCAUGCCUGUGCUCAAGGGUAACUACAGCGAUGUCUCCAAGGGGUCAAUAUGGAUGGCAGGCAAUUUCCCCGGCCAGGAGGGUCAGGCUGGUCUGUUGUGGCCCAAGUCCAAGUGCGAAGAUGGUAACAAGGAGCUGCACCGAAACCCGUUCAAUACCAAGUCUGACUACAAGUGCGCCGAAUUUGAUCUCACCAAAGAUCUCAUGUAG